UUCAAAUCUCAAGCAGCUGAGCAUGCCCUGGGACGAGACCCUGCCAGACACACACUCUGCACAGAGCUUCUACGAGAACUAUGAGCCCAAGGAGAUCCUAGGCAGAGGAGUCAGCAGUGUUGUCAGGCGCUGUGUCCAUAAACCCACCUGCAAGGAGUAUGCUGUGAAGAUCAUCGACAUCACCGGUGGGGGCAGCUUCAGCUCUGAGGAGGUGAAAGAGCUGCGAGAAGCCACACAGAAGGAGGUGGACAUCCUACACAAAGUCUCAGGACACCCCAACAUAAUACAACUGAAGGACACUUAUGAGACCAACACUUUCUUCUUCUUGGUGUUUGAUCUGAUGAAGAAAGGAGAACUCUUUGAUUACCUCACUGAGAAAGUCACCCUUAGUGAGAAGGAAACCAGGAAGAUCAUGAGAGCCCUACUGGAGGUGGUCAGCACCUUGCACAAACUCAACAUUGUGCACCGGGAUCUCAAGCCUGAAAAUAUCCUCUUGGAUGAUGACAUGAACAUCAAGCUCACAGACUUUGGCUUUUCCUGCCAGCUGGAACCAGGACAGAAGUUGAGAGAGGUCUGUGGGACCCCCAGUUACCUGGCCCCCGAGAUCAUUGAGUGUUCCAUGAAUGAGGACCACCCAGGCUACGGGAAGGAAGUGGACAUGUGGAGUACAGGAGUCAUCAUGUACACCCUCCUGGCCGGUUCCCCACCCUUCUGGCACCGGAAGCAGAUGCUGAUGCUCAGGAUGAUCAUGAGUGGCAAUUACCAGUUUGGCUCACCAGAGUGGGAUGAUUACUCGGACACCGUCAAAGACCUGGUGUCCCGCUUCUUGGUGGUGAACCCCCAGGGCCGCUAUACGGCAGACGAGGCCUUGGCACACCCCUUCUUUCAACAAUACGUGGUGGAAGAAGUGCGGCACUUCAGCCCGAGGGGCAAGUUCAAGGUGACCCUCCUCACAGUGCUGGCCUCCGUGCGCAUCUACUACCAGUACCGCAGGGCCAAGCCUGUGACCCGGGAGAUCGUCAUCCGUGACCCCUAUGCCCUGCGCCCUCUGCGCCGCCUCAUCGAUGCCUACGCAUUCAAAAUCUAUGGUCACUGGGUGAAGAAGGGGCAACAGCAGAACCGUGCAGCCCUCUUUGAGAACACCCCAAAGGCAGUGCUCCUCUCCUUGGCUGAGGAGGACUAUUGAGGACCAGCAGGCGGAGGGGAAAACUAGAGACAUCUAAGUUACAGGAGUGAGACUAUCUGUGGGCUUCUGGCCAGGGGCCCUUGACUUUAGGAUCAGCUCACCUGCACCGAAGCAGGUGUUCCCCACACCAGACUUCACUUUUCUCAGGGUGAGAAUAAAAGGCUGAGACAAGCACAGACAGACACAGCGUGAAACACUCAGA